AAAUACAAAAAGAUCGCACCCCAAAAAAUCUAAUAGAAUCUGCCCUCCCGGAAGUAAUUCUGUUUGCGCAUCCGCAUAUGUGUUGACGGUACUUGUUUAUUUUCUCUUAAACAUGGCCACCAUAGCAACCGCAUGACGCCAAGACAAACUGCCCAUGCCGGAAGAAGAGUCUUGUGACCACCAGGCUACUACGUCUUGUCUGGCCGGUAAGACAUGAGGAUGACGGGUAAGACAGGCAGAAAGUUGUACACUUUCAGCGAGAAGCAGAGAGAAUCAGGAUGCAAUGACAGAAAUGGAUGCCCCUCUUGCCACUCCUUGCAACAUCCAGAUCUGUGAGGUGACCUGUGACUCUUUCCGCAUCAUGUGGAAUAUGCCUCCAGAGGACACGGCAAGAGCAACGCAUUUCUUCAUCGACCUGAGCCGCAAAGAGAACAAGCAUCCAAACCGCUUCAAACACAGGGAUGUCCCAACCAAGCUAGUGGCCAAGGCUGUCUCUCUCCCCAUGGCGGUGAGAGGACAUUGGUUCCUCAGCCCGCGGACAGAGUACUGUGUUGCUGUUCAAACAGCUGUCCGGCAGCCAGACGGUGACUACCUGGUGUCAGAGUGGAGCCCAGUGGUGGAGUUCUGCACUGGAGACUACGCCAUGGAACACCUUCAGCAGCUUCUUGACAAGGCCAAUGAUUCUGCAGGACGACUGCUGAGAUUCUCUGUGUUUUAUCGCAACCAGCAUCCAGAAUACUUUGACUAUGUCAGGAGGGAAUGUGGGGGACUGAUGCGUCCAGCCCUAAAAGACAGCAGCGGGAGUCAUGGCUCUCCAAUCAAUGGCAAACUCCAUGGAGUCUUCUUCAGCUGCAACACAGAGUUCGACACGGGGCUUCCUCCCAGAGACUCUCCGUAUGGCCCUCUCAGAUUCCAAAUUCCUGCUGGACACCUGCUGAACCCAAACAUCAGCUUGUACUUUGCAGACUUUUACUGCAUGUACACAGCAUAUCACUACGUGGUGCUGGUGCUUGCACCUGUUGGCACAGAGGGAGACAACUUCUGUCGCACGCGUCUCCCAAGGCUGGACUUGGCCUCCAACCCCUUUUUGACCUGCACUGCCUCCCAGAGGCAGGGAGAGGAGCCUGUGUAUUGCCAUGCCAGUGAUGUGAUCAUGGAGGUGCUUUUCACAGAGCCAGUUAAUUUAGAUCAGGGAAGCGUGGAGCAGAUCAGUGGGCACCACCAGCUCAUGAGUCUGACCACAGCCAAUGCCAAGAAAGAUCCAAGCUGCAAAGUGUGCAAUAUCAGCGUGGGGCGCUGAAGGAUGGCCUGAUAAGUUGAUUUUGAGUCUGCAUUGCAAAAAGACCCAUAACUGGACAAAACAACAGAGCUAAUUAUGGGCUAGUCAGAGCAUGGUGGAAAAAAACAUCUCAUGGAAUAUGUUGAAGGUGCUUCCCACCUCCCAUCCUACCCAAAGUAGAAGAGUGUAUUUUUUUGCCUCCUUGGAUAAUGUGUAAUACAGAUCUCUAUACAUUCUC